AGGGGUAAUACCUCAACAACACCAUUUCGCUGCUACUGUAGCUAGCUAGGCUAGUAGUAUAGACCCCAGCCGACCAUGACUACCGAAGGAAAAAGAGUGAUCUGCCUAUUAGAAGGACAGGAGAGACCCAAGGGGGUUGACGGUGAGGAGGAGUUCAACGUUUUAGAUGUUGUAGCGGCACGCCUCAAAGGUGCGGUCGAAGAAGAAGAGUCGGUAUCCAACGAGCAACAGGAUGAAGAACAGGAACCAGCUGCCAAGAGAGCCGCACAACUGGAAGGAAACGCAGAUUCAGCACGAUCCCUACUGAAACUUGUUCAAGAAACACAGACCAAGCAUGAGCAAGCAGCUAAGUGUGACCCUCCAGCUCUGGAGGACGCCCAAGACUCCAUGGUUAUCCCACCAAGAAUGACCCGUGCGUCAAAUGUGGUUUCGUUUCCUGGUGCCUUUGCUGUGUCACCUGGUCCAUUUGCCGUGUCACCUGGUGCAGACUAUGAAAUCAACGACGAUGAGGAGCUUGGAGGAACCAAUGGAUCAGGUGCCGCACGGUCAGCAUCAAGUGCCGUGAUGGACAGUAUGACUGCAGCAAGCGCUAGCCGCUUAGCUGUGGCCAACCCGGUGGAGGAAACAAAUCCUCAGGAACUACAACAUGCUCGAGAACUCCGAUUGGCAGACGAAGCAACAACAAGAAGGCAAAAGGAUAAACAAUGGAAGACCAGCAUUCUCUUGGCAGGACUAGUUAUCGUGGCAAUCGUUGUCGUUUCGGUGGCUCUUCUGGUGCCCGGCAAGAAUGAGAAGGUUGUGCCUACUAUUACAGUAGCUCCAACCAUGGCUCCAUCAGAGGCUCCAACCACUGUUCUGUCUUUUAUCGAGGGAAGGAUCAUGGCCUUGCUGGAACCAGACACCCGUAUGGCUAUCCAGCAUGGCCCAAGUUCUCCUCAGUCUCGGGCAUUUCAGUGGUUGUUGGAGGAUGCAGAGAACCUACCGGCUUACUCGGACGCUCAGAUCCAGCAAAAGUUUGCAUUGGCAGCACUAUACUUUUCUACAAAAGGCGACUCCUGGAUGAAUAGGACCAACUGGCUCAAUCACAAUGUGAGUGAAUGCGAGUGGUUCAACAAACCAGACUUUGCCAGGAAGAGCGCUCUGGGGCAAAUCUUUAAAGGCUAUUUGGAUGAAUUCGCAGCGGAGCCAAUGCCUCGUCAGCACUGCAACACGGACGGCAUCUACCAACACUUGUGGCUGGAUCUCAACAAUCUAGUUGGCACAAUCCCUGAGGAGAUUUACAUGCUUUCUUCUCUUCAGACUCUCUCACUGAGCAACAACAAACUAAGUGGAUCAAUUCCAACUUCCAUUGGACGGCUCUCUGCUUUAGAAGGUCUUGUCAUCUUUGACCAGCCAACAGAUGGCAAUAUUCCCUCCGAGAUGGGGCUAUUGACCAAAUUAAAGUCAGUGAUCCUUAACAAUGGCAACCACCAAGGGACGCUGCCCGUGGAAUUUUGGGGUCUCACCAACAUUGCUACAUUUGCCUUCACGCUAACACCAAACCUUCAAGGCUCGAUCCCUUCUGAGAUUGCCAAUAUGUCCAAUCUGAGAUGGCUUGUGUUUGAUGGAUGCAGUCUCACAGGCACACUCCCAAAGGAGCUUGGAAAGAUCCCUUCAUUGGAGUGGCUUGUUUUCCGAGACAAUAUGAUUACUGGAACUGUUCCCAGUGAGCUUGGUACAGCUUCAAAUCUUGUGAUUGCUGCAUUUCGGGGCAAUGCAUUGGAUGGGAGGCUUCCCAGCGAAGUGGGCUUGCUCACAGCUCUUACACAGUUUGGACAUCGGGGAAAUCAAGUGAGUGGACAAAUCCCAAGUGAGCUAGGGCUUCUGUCGGGGUUGACACAAGGUCUUCACCUUCGGCAAAAUGCAUUUACUGGAACCAUCCCAACAGAGCUUGGGCUCCUAACAGGACUACAUGAGCUCUGGUUGCAAGACAACGACCUUUCUGGUCCGAUUCCUAGUGAAUUUGCAGAACUCACAACCCUAGGUUACAUGGUCAUGGCAAACAACAACUUGUCCGGUUCCAUCCCUACAGAUCUGUCCAAACCACUACCCAAUCUUCAUACCCUAUCCUUGGGCGGAAAUCUUAUGCUUUCGGGCACUGUCCCAGAAGGAAUUUGCAACCUCACUGGAACCUGCACCAUGUUCAAAAAGGUGGCAGAAUCAUGCUUAUAUCCACAAGGUCUACAUUUUAACUGUACAGAGUUGCUGUGUGGCUGCGAUUGCCCCUGUGGGAUCCACCCCUAAGAUCAGUCUGUUUACAGUGCACGACACCGGUUGCCAGCAAGGUCAAGCACUUGAUGGAGGGCCAGCAGCAGCACAUCGCCGGUGUAGUUGCUCGGCCCUGAAUUAUGUCUAGUUUGAACGCACUAGAUGUUCAAACACUACCUGCAGCAUUCCCUUCCGCUCCUUUUCGCCAUUUGUCAAGCAGCUCGCGUUGACGGUGCUGCUUUUCUCUCGUUACCAGUUUUCCCAGGGCGAAUGCUCAGGCCUGGUUCGAAACAAGAGUGGCCUUUGCUGUGUAUUCUUCCUUAGCCUGCUCGCUUCGAAUAGGCCCCGUCUAUGCCGUCGGCAACUAUCUUCUGGAAAACACCAGCAGUGCCGGCCUUCUUCCUUGGCUCGUCACCGUCCAUGACUGCAAAACAACACGAUCAACCCCCUGCCGCACUUCCUGAUUACGGUUUUGCCUGACAACUUCUCUCGAAGCUCCUUGAUCUUUGUGCUCAGAUGGUGGUCACUUCCCCAGGAUUUUGAAACUGACCUCAUUCCAUUGACCGCAUUCGUGCAGAGUCAAGCUACGCAACCGGAACCGGCGGUAGGUUGGGCAGAUUCUCACCGGGCAGCCUCCCAGAAAUCCCUCGCAGGCGCAUUUGCAGUUCCGUCGUCUUGGAGAUGCACGAGGAGGUCGCCCUUUUUGAAGCCUAGUCUAAACAACCCGCCCUCUGUGACGGAUGUGAUUCUCCUUCAGCACUCCCUAAACUGCAAAUGUGGUGGUUUAGUCACUUUGCACCAUGACUGAAUCGGUGACGAAGUUGGUGCUAUUGCAUAACUUGCAUGCGCUAUUUCCGCUGUUGCUAGUCCUUGCAGAACCUACGUCUCAAAUAUUCAAGCUUCUACAUUACAUGUACAAUCCCGACAGGUCAUCCUUUUCCAUAGUCCGACGCUCAAGCAAUCCUGCCCCAACUGAUCCACCCCCACCAGUUGAAAAAGUACGACGGUCGUCUUGCCCAUUUAAUUUCUGCAUCUCAUCAGAAGCAGAAUCCCAAGAAAGUCUUCAGUGUCCCAGCCAUAUUUCAAGGCGCUCUCUGCGGACAGCAUGCUUGAUCCCUAAGCCAGAGUUCUUCUACGCGGACGUGUCGCUGCCAAUGCAGACAAGACUCAAUGCUCUUACGAUGUUUUGACACGGCUCUCAUUGUGAGGUGUCCCGCCUUUGCACAUGUGGAUCCAGACCAAAGCUCCCCUUCCAGUCCCCUAGCCAGUUUGUCCAACGUGAUAUCACCAAACCCAGUCCUAAACUUUCUGGAGCUCGGAUCACUGCCAGCUUUUGUGCACUAAAACGAAUAAUCCAAUACUCUAAAUAGCUAGCUACCGGUAGGCCCCCCUUUCUUAGCAUCCAAAGCCAAAGCUUCAGAGCACCAUGCAGCAUCGCAAAGGGC